AUGAAGUCUUCUUUUCGUCAAUUGCAACACAAAAUUACGUGCUGGACGAAACUUCGUCUAGCACAUCAAGAAAAAGAUUUCAGUCACGCAGAACGCCUGAUCGAAGAUGAGUCUUUGUUGGCGCAAACACCUCAAGCCAAUGAGAGAGAACGAGCCCAUUCUAUUCCUCAUGGAUCAAGAACCACCUGCGUUUUGCUCGUAUGGAAGCUUCUCAAGUCUCUUCUGUUCUUGGCAGCGGUCGGUUUCGUUAUUGAGCACCUGCUCUCCAUAGAAAGGAACCUGAAGAACGAUUCGACGCCAAGAAACAUCCACGCCAUUCCAGACUGCGGACACGACACGGCGAGCGCCAGGGCUGCAGGCUGUGUCUACGAUAUAAUGAUGGUGGGAUGGAGUGCACCACAGUGUUUUGACCCAUUUGUCUCGGCGGAUUCUCUCUCCAACUCUUCCACGCUCGCUGACGUCCGCGGCGCGGGUAGCUUCACAUUUUCGGUGACCCCGGAUUUCACCCAAAUUGUGCGUCAAGAUGUAGGCGAGAUAACAAAACAUGAAUACCUUUACGCCAACUGGGAAUUUCAUAAGGCUCACUGUGCUUAUGUGUGGCGGGUACUCGCAAAUGCACUAGAACGGAAGAGACGGGGAGAACUGAACGUUUAUGUUUAUAUGGCAGCAACGAUGUAUGAGCAUUCUGUUCACUGCAGCCACGUUCUACUCGACAAAAAAAGAAACUUGACAGCGCCGACGCAGAUACAAGUCAGUGGGACGAAUCGAUGUGUACUACUUUGA